AUGUCCACGAUGUCCAAAGUUGACCGAAAUCAGCUGCUCGGGAGACUCUGUCCUGGUGAUCUAUCAGAAAGUCGGCGCAAUCAUCUCAAGCGUGUUCAAAUCCCAGGAUCAUGCCAAUGGCUUCUCGACGACCCAAGAAUCAAAGAAUGGCUACGCAGUCAACGUCCGCCCCUUUUAUGGCUCCAUGGACCAUCUGCGACUGGUAAAACGUUCCUAUGCUCCCGCCUCGCAGAUCACGUGCACGAAACACAAGAAGCGGAAGGUAAUGCGGUUGCUUGUGUCGAAUUCCAACAGAACCAUGUACAGAAUAAUCUCGCCGACUUUGGCCAUGCUUUGACAUCUGUUCUGAGACAGCUGGUAUCACAGCUGCCCAACACAUCAGGUGUUCUGGAACAACUAGUGAAUAUGGCUGACAUUCCCUAUCCUGACGACCAUGACUUCUAUCAACUUCUCCACCUUGUCGCGUCAGAAUUUGCCAAGGUUCUUAUCAUCUUCGAUGGCGCCAACAGCGUCACCGCGUCGGCUUUGGAGGAUUUGAUGCUUGCCAUAACUCCGAGUGGUUCCGAUCAAGUCUUUUGGGUUCUAUUCUCUAGCCGAAAUGCGCCCCCUGCUGGUUUCUCAGCGUCGCAUCAAGUUCUUGAUAUCCCUUCUAGAGCACAUGACAUGGACGUGGACAUGUACAUCAUUCAAACACUCCGAGACAUUUCAGCCAAAGACUUAUCCCUACGCCGAGGGGAAUUGAUCUACGAUCUGGUACAAGUCUUUGAUGGCCUAUUUCUUCCUAUCCCGGCUUGGCCUAUCGAAAUGCCUGCAUCAGAGCUCCUUGCAAGUCUUGGUCAGCUUCUGACUGCUUCCAGAGAGGCAUCUGCCUCAGAUAAGACAGACGUAAUAUGCAAAGGGGUUGCAAUACAGAUGUUCGCUUCGCAGUGGGCAGAUAUGGUUUUAUGCGUUUUAUACCAUUUGACUAAAGCCUCUGAAGCUGGCUACAUCUUCACGAUGCCAAUGGCACUCCAAGCCUUGGAAGAAUGGCAGAUCAAGAAUGGUGAUAAAGAUUUCACAGCUACAGAAGUUUUUCAAGGUUGCCGAGGCCUUGUAUACUAUGGUGAAGACGAUGAGUCUAUGCGGGUUGUAUCACCACUUUUCGGCAAUUACUUGAAACGUACAAUCUUCACUCUCGACUACGAGAAGCGAAGUAUCACCGCCUUUAUGCGAUAUCUAUCAUCCGACAUCUUCGUCCAAGGUGCCUGUACCUCAUCUGCCGCUCUGAAAGAACGCCUGCAACAGAACAGAUAUCUUUGGUAUGCCGCCAGGAUGUUAAGCCCCAGUUUAGCAACAACUACCCCAGAAACGUUUGUUGAAGACUUUCUGCGCCUUUCGUCCCGAAGAGGGUCUAUUGAGUCAUAUCUGCAAGCAGCUGAAGCAUGUCCGUUCCAGAGCGAGGCCAGCUAUGACGAAUUCGAACAAGAUGAAGAGCGAUGGAGAUGCUUCACUCCUGGGUAUAGUCCGCUGCACCUUGCUGCGCAUCUAGCAGCUCCGAAACUGCUGAUCGAAACGCUAGUAGCUCGCGGGGAUGACCUGGAGGCGCAGGACAGUGACGGACGAACGGCCCUGCAUCUGGCUGCAGAGAUUGAAAACGAAAAUCCUACACUCCAAGCUCUUGUCGAGGCUGGCAGCAAUGUGCUGGCUGAGGACAAUUUAGGCAACACACCUUUAUCUAUUGCAGUUGUUGACGGAAGCCUUGAUUCUGUCGAGACACUACUGAGUCAUGGGGCUGAUGCCAGUACUCUUGAUGAAGACACUCUUGAGCAAUGUGUGCAGGAGAAGCCAGAAAUCGCGGAUUAUCUAAGGGAGCUUGGCAUUGAUGUACCAGCCGAGCAUGAGAGCGAUGGAGAGGAUUAA